GGUUCUAGGGUUUAAGGCAUUCCCUAAAUUUCAGAUUUUUCUCUCUCAUUCACCAAGACCAUGACCUCCUCCAUGGCGGCUCUCUCAUCAAGAACGCUCUGCCGCUCUUUGCUCCCCACUUCUAAACCUUCUCACAUACUUCCCCUGUCCAAUUGCGCCAACAAUCUUUUCGUCCGCUCCGUCUCAGACACCAGCGGCUCCAGUAUUGAUUCGGACACCGAAUUGGACUCACACUCAGUACCUAAUCGUUCUUCUGCUUCACAAUCGUCAACCCAGACGAGACCGGUCUAUAAUCGACCUCUCGAAAAUGGCCUCGACGCUGGCAUUUAUAAGGCUAUUCUGGUGGGUCAGGUGGGGCAGAGGCCAUUGCAGAAGCAGCUGAAGAGUGGGAGAACGGUGACACUGUUAUCAGUUGGGACGGGUGGCAUUCGUAACAAUCGGAGACCCUUGGCUAGUGAGGAACCCAAAGAGUAUGCAAAUCGGUGCGCAGUUCAGUGGCACCGGGUUUCGAUUUAUCCUCUGAGACUGGGCGAUGUUGCCAUGAAGCACGUCGUACCUGGUUCAAUGUUGUAUUUGGAGGGGAAUUUGGAAACCAAAAUUUUCAGUGAUCCAACAACUGGUAUUGUUCGACGUAUUAGAGAAAUUGCCAUUCGUCGAAAUGGGCGCCUUGUAUUUUUGGGCAAAGGAGGAAAUGAUGCUCAGCCGUCGACUCAAUCAGAGUUCAAAGGUGUUGGCUAUUACUAACAAAUGUUGUUCCCAACUUUCUCAUCUCAACCUUGGAAUCUUAUUGUUUUUCAAUCAUAUAACAACUCAGUUAUUACUUCUUUGAUGAUCAUUGAUGCUUGCCUGUAUAGUUGCA